AUGGCUCGGGCAUUUUCGCGUGGUUACUCUUAUCACCCGAUGACCAUGUUCUCUGCCCCCCCUUCCCCUUUGCAGGCUGAUUGGCACAUUGCCGGAAUGUGGCUGCUUUCGUCCCUCCCAUGCUUGCUUAGCUCUGUUUGGGACUAUUUCUUGCAAAGAGGAUAUGCUAGAUGGGCUGGUCUGGGUGGCAGGAGGAUGGUGUAG